AUGAACGAGUUAGAAUUCGCACGCAAACCUUGUGCCAACGCUACCAAAAGUAACCAACUCGAACACUUACCUUGUGACUCAAUAGAACAUAGAAUUGACAAAAGUGUUCUUCACGUCGUACGCAGUGCGCCAGAGCUAUUUCCUCCGCCCAAGGAGGCUCCUUCUGGCUCAUCACAAAGAUCUAUAUCAAACUUUGUCCGCCGGCGAAGGAACUUGAAGAGUCAAGUCGAGAUCUGGCGAGGAUCUGGAAUCCAAGAUACUUGCUCUGCUCUCCAGAACUGGCCCAGAUUCUCCUUGCAAAGGAAGCAAAUAAUGUCUACUCUAACCCAAGUUUUAGGAACUGCAUCACAUUCGACGUUUAAAGCUUCAUUGAUUUCUUGUCUGACCACCGGAAGGGUCUGGGUUGGGGGCUUGCAAAUAACUUCUCUUCGAGGAAUAUUACCAUUCUAA